UUGAACGCUCGGCGGGAGGCGAUGGUGGUUGACGGUGCCCCCUCCUCCCCCUCACGGGGGCGGCCCGACAGCAACUCGAGCCCCGAGGCGUGCGGCCUGAGCGCCGGGCAGCUGCAGCGGUACCGCGAGUGCGUGGCCCGGGCCAAGGAGCAGGCGCGGGCGGGCGAGCUGCAGGCGGCGCUCGGCCUGCUGACCGAGGCGCUGGCGCUGCGGCCGAGCGAGCGGCUGGAGCGGCGGGUGCAGCGGGUACAGGAGGCGCUGGCGGCGCAGGAGGGCGAGGACGAGGAUGAGUGGGUGCCGGUGGACGGCUGCGAGCUGCGCCUCUACCGCCAGCUCUUCGAGCGGCUGCACCCGCACCAGCGGCGCGGCGUGGCCUUCCUGCACCGCCUGUACGCCGAGCAGCGCGGCGGCGGCAUCCUGGCCGACGACAUGGGCCUGGGCAAGACGGUGCAGCUGCUCGCCUUCCUCUCGGGCAUGUUCGACGCCGGCCUGGUGCACUGCUGCCUGGUGCUGAUGCCCGCCUCCCUGCUGGCCAACUGGCUGGCCGAGUUCGCCACCUGGACGCCGGGGCUGCGAGUCAAGGCGUUCCACGGCUCAAAGGUGGAGCGGAGCAGGAACCUGGAGAGGGUGCAGCGCAAAGGAGGGGUGAUCAUCACCACCUACCAGCUGGUGAACUACAACCUGGACCAGCUUUCCCACCUGGACGGCAGGCGGUUCACCUGGGACUACAUGGUCCUGGACGAGGCGCACAAGAUCAAGUCCCAGCUGAGCAAGACCACCAAGCAGGUCAACGCCGUACCAGCCAAGAACCGGGUGCUGCUGACAGGCACCCCCGUGCAGAACAACCUGCAGGAGAUGUGGACCCUCUUUGACUUUGCCUGCCAGGGCUCGUUGCUGGGGCCCCUGAAGACCUUCAAGUCAAUGUACGAGAACCCCAUCACCAGGGCGAGGGAGAAGGAUGCCACCCCCCAGGAGAAGGCGCUGGGACUUCGCAUCUCGGAGAGCCUCAUGCGACUGAUCCAGCCUUACUUCCUGCGGCGGACAAAGGAGGGCAUUCAGAUGCGGGGGGGACUUCUGGGGACUGAAUCCGAGGGGCAGGAGUCCCCACCCUUGGGUGAGAUACUGUGGUUGAGCAGGAAGAAUGACCUGAUUGUGUGGAUCCACCUCAGCCAGAUCCAGGAGGAGAUCUACAGGAAGUUUGUGUCGUCCGAGCUGAUUCGGGAGCUGCUACAGACCAAGCUCUCCCCCCUGGUCCAGCUCAACAACCUGAAGAAGCUUUGUGACCACCCAAGGCUGCUGUCCAAGAGGAUCUGGGAGGAGCUGGGGCUGGGCGGGGGCACAGAGGCUGGAGAUGGCUAUGACAUCCGCCAGGUCUCCAACGAGCUACUGGUGCAGGAGUCGGGCAAGCUGGUCUUCCUGCUGGGGCUGCUGGAGAGGCUGCAGGAGGAGGGCCACCGGACCCUGGUCUUCUCCCAGUCGAGGAAGAUGCUGGACAUCAUCCAGCGGGUUCUCACUACCCGGGGCUUCCAGCUGGCCCGCAUGGAUGGCACCAUGGCCUUGCCAGAGCGCCAGAAGGUAGUGGAAAACUUCCAGCGCCGUCCCAACUGCUCGGUCUUCCUGCUCACCACCCAGGUGGGAGGGGUGGGCCUCACCCUCACGGCUGCCGACCGGGUGGUGAUCAUCGACCCCAGCUGGAACCCCGCCACCGACGCCCAGGCCGUGGACAGGGCCUACAGGAUCGGGCAGACCGCCAACGUGGUGAUCUAUAGGCUGGUCACCUGCGGCAGUGUGGAGGAAAAGAUCUACAGGAGGCAGAUCUUCAAAGAUUCCCUGAUCCGCCAGUCAGUCGGGGAGAGGAAGAAUCCCUUCCGAUACUUCAGCAGACAAGAGCUGAGGGAACUGUUCGUGCUGGAGGACACCAGGUACUCGAGCACGCAGAGGCAGCUGCAGACUGUGCACGCCAGCCAGCGGGAGAUGGACGCGGAACUGGGGCAGCACAUCGCCUUCCUGCACGGCCUGCCCAUGUUCGGCGUGACACACCACAACCUCGUCCAUUCACAGGAUGUGGCGCCGGACGAGGAGAACCGAGUCAGCGACCCCGCCUCGCAGCAGUACAUCCAGGAGCGAGUGCAGCUGGCGCAAGAGCUGGUGGCAGUGGGGUCGCAGUCACAGAGGGAGCCGGGCUGGCUGGAUGUACCUCCGAGCCCUCUGGUCCUCAAGGGUAGAGGACGAGGAAGAACCAACCCAGAGCUGGAUUCUGGAGAGACCCCACCCCCCAUAGACUUGACGGAGCUGCCCAGCGACAGGGAGAUGGAGGACGAGGUGUCCAACCUGAGCUACAGAGAAGAGGGCAUCCCAGAGCCGGAUUCCGGAGAGACCCCACCCCCCAUAGACUUGACGGAGCUGCCCAGCGACAGGGAGACGGAGGACGAGGUGUCCAACCUGAGCUACAGAGAAGAGGGCGUCCCAGAGCUGGAUUCCGGAGAGACCCCACCCCCCAUAGACUUGACGGAGCUGCCCAGCGACAGGGAGACGGAGGACGAGGUGUCCAACCUGAGCUACAGAGGAGGCAGCGCCAUCCCAGAGCCGGAUUCCGGAGAGACCCCACCCCCCAUAGACUUGAUGCAGCUGCCCAGCGACAGGGAGACGGAGGACGAGGUGUCCAACCUGAGCUACAGAGAAGGGGGCAUCCCAGAGCUGGAUUCCGGAGAGACCCCACCCCCCAUAGACUUGAUGCAGCUGCCCAGCGACAGGAAGACAGAGGAUGAGGUGUCCAACCUGAGCUACAGAGGAGGCGGCGCCAUCCCAGAGUUGGAUUCCGGAGAGACCCCACCCCCCAUAGACUUGACGGAGCUGCCCAGCGACAGGGAGACGGAGGACGAGGUGUCCAACCUGAGCUACAGAGAAGAUGGCGCCAUUCCAAAGCUGGAUUCCAGAGAGACCCCACCCCCAUAGACUUGACGCAGCUGCCCAGUGACAGGGAGGACAGACAGCAAGGUGUCCAACCUGAGCCAUAGGUUUGCUGAUCUGCCGGUGGG